AUCUGCGACAUUGCAAUAAACUGGGCAGGGGGCCUGCAUCAUGCAAAAAAGUUUGAGGCUUCUGGGUUCUGUUAUGUCAACGACAUAGUUAUCGGCAUCCUGGAGCUGCUCAAAUACCACCCCCGUGUUCUGUAUAUUGAUAUUGAUAUCCAUCACGGAGAUGGUGUGCAGGAAGCCUUCUACUUGACGGACCGUGUCAUGACAGUGUCAUUUCAUAAAUAUGGGAACUAUUUCUUUCCUGGUACAGGUGACAUGUAUGAAGUUGGUGCAGAGAGCGGUCGUUACUACUGUCUCAACGUGCCUCUACGAGAUGGCAUUGAUGACCAAAGUUAUAAACACCUCUUCCAACCUGUCAUUAACCAGGUGGUAGAUUACUAUCAGCCCACCUGCAUAGUACUACAGUGUGGUGCUGAUUCUCUGGGUUGCGACCGCUUGGGUUGUUUUAACCUCAGUAUAAGAGGACAUGGGGAGUGUGUGGAGUAUGUAAAGAGCUUCAACAUCCCCUUGCUGGUACUGGGGGGAGGCGGUUACACAGUCCGCAAUGUGGCGCGAUGCUGGACUUACGAAACAUCGUUGCUUGUAGAGGAAGCAAUUAGCGAAGAGCUCCCAUACAGUGAGUACUUUGAAUACUUUGCUCCAGACUUCACCCUUCAUCCUGACGUCAGUACAAGGAUUGAAAAUCAGAACUCUAGGCAGUACUUGGAUCAGAUCAGGCAGACAAUAUUUGAGAAUCUGAAAAUGCUGAACCAUGCUCCCAGCGUGCAGAUCCAUGAUGUCCCUUCUGACCUGCUCAGCUACGAUCGCACCGAUGAGCCUGAUCCAGAGGAAAGAGGCUCUGAGGAAAACUACAGCAGGCCUGAAGCUGCCAACGAGUUUUAUGAUGGUGACCAUGAUAACGACAAAGAGAGUGACGUUGAGAUCUGAGGA